UGAAAAGAGAAAGAAAGAAGAUUGAGGAGGCGCAAGAGUAGGAAGCGGGGAAUGCUGAACGCCAAAGACUCAAGCCGAAUAUUUAGCUGAAAAAAUAAAAAAACACACUUUCUUUCUCUCUCUUCUUUGUCUCCACACUUCAAUUCAAUCUUGAAUUGAACCAUUACUCUCUUCCCAUUUUUAUUUUUUAUUUUUUUUCUUGUACCCUUCUCUUUCUUUUCCUUGGAAUUCAGCAUGAACAGGUCCCAAGAUCAACGGUCAAGACCUACCAAGCCAGCCACCAUUCAUGGUUGUGCCCUUUCUGGGGACCUUGUUGGACUCCAAAGGCUACUUCGAGAUAACCCUUCUCUUCUCAAUGAGAGAAACCCUGUUAUGGCGCAGACACCACUUCAUGUUUCUGCUGGUCACAAUAGGGCUGAGAUAGUUAAUUUUCUUCUUGGAUGGCAAGGACCAGAUAGUGUUGAGAUGGAGGCCAAGAAUAUGUAUGGAGAAACUCCGUUGCACAUGGCAGCAAAGAAUGGGUGCAAUGAAGCUGCACAGUUACUUCUCGCUAAUGGUGCUUUUGUUGAAGCUAGAGCAAAUAAUGGUAUGACACCUUUACACCUUGCUGUUUGGUACUCACUACGAGCAGAAGAAUUCUUAACUGUGAAAUCAUUGCUUGAAUACAAUGCAGAUUGCAGUGCCAAGGACAAUGAGGGAAUGACUCCUUUAAAUCAUCUUUCCCAAGGCCCUGGAACUGAGAAACUCAGGGAACUACUACUCUGGCAUCUUGAAGAUCAGAGGAAGAGACGAGCUAUUGAAGCAUGCAGUGAAACCAAAGCUAAAAUGGAUGAGCUUGAAAAGGAACUAUCAAAUAUUGUGGGUCUAAAUGAUCUAAAAAUACAACUACGGAAGUGGGCAAAGGGCAUGCUUUUGGAUGAGAGGCGUAGAGCUCUUGGUCUGCAUGUUGGCAUGAGAAGAUCCCCUCAUAUGGCCUUUCUUGGCAAUCCUGGAACAGGCAAAACUAUGGUAGCGCGGAUCCUCGGAAGAUUACUCCAUAUGGUGGGAAUUCUACCUACAGAUAAAGUGACAGAAGUUCAAAGGACUGAUUUAGUUGGUGAAUUUGUUGGUCAUACUGGUCCAAAAACCCGGAGGAAGAUCAAGGAAGCAGAAGGUGGAAUUCUUUUUGUUGAUGAAGCUUAUAGACUGAUACCAAUGCAGAAGUCAGAUGAUAAGGACUAUGGUUUGGAAGCCUUGGAGGAGAUUAUGUCAGUCAUGGACAGUGGAAAAAUUGUAGUAAUAUUUUCUGGGUAUGACGAACCAAUGAAACGAGUAAUUGCUUCUAAUGAAGGUUUUUGUAGACGAGUGACCAAGUUUUUUCAUUUUAAUGAUUUCAAUUCAAAAGAACUAGCGGAAAUCAUUCACAUUAAGAUGAAUAAUUUAGGAGAAGAUAGUUUGCUAUAUGGAUUCAAGUUGCAUCCCAGUUGCAGUAUAGAAGCUUUAGGGGCAUUGAUAGAAAGGGAAACAACAGAAAAGCAGCGUAAUGAGACAAAUGGUGGUUUGGUAGAUACCAUGUUGGUUAAUGCUAGAGAAAAUUUGGACCUAAGGCUCAGCUUUGACUGUAUAGAUACAGAAGAACUUCUAACCAUCACACUGGUAGAUUUAGAAGCAGGUCUUCGGAUAUUAUCACAGUAAUCAUUCUUUGGCAAUGUGUUAGAUAUUUUGGAGAGAUUCAUUUCAGCUUCCCUCAGUGUUCACCAUUGAAUAUAUUUGCAUGUUUGCAACUGCACAAUGAGGAGCUUGUCAUGAAUAAGUUUGCCACAGUAGGUGGAUCCUUUUAUGGGAUUUUUUUUUUUGUUUUUGUUUUUAUUAAUUGAUAAUGUUAUUAUAUAGGUUACAUUGAUGCACUUUUCUUUAUUUAUUUUUUAUGUCUUUCAUUGUAUUCUUUGUAUGUUAUUCAUUAUUG